AUGCAGGCGACGCCGAGUGAGCCCGAGGCUGGGGACGAAUCGCCGCAGAGCUACGUGUCGGAAGCGCAGUCUGAUUGGCCAGCGGGAGAGCCUGUCAGCCUCUUGGCCCCGCUGGUCCCGCCCCGCGGCGCCGCGCAGCCUUUCACCUUUGGCCCCAGCGGGCGCCAGCCACUCAGAUCGCUGCUUGUUGGCAUAUGCAGCGGCCGUGGCCGCCGGCGGAGCAGUCUGAGCCCGAUGAUGAGGCCGGGGACGGGAGCCGAGCGUGGAGGCCUCAUGGUGAGUGAGAUGGAGAGCCAUCCUCCCGCGCAGGGUCCUGGGGACGGGGAGCGGAGAUUGUCCGGCUCCAGCCUCUGCUCCGGCUCUUGGGUCUCUGCUGACGGCUUCCUGAGGAGACGGCCCUCGAUGGGGCAUCCUGGCAUGCAUUAUGCCUCAAUGGGAAUGCACCCUAUGGGGCAGAGAGCGAAUAUGCCCCCUGUGCCACAUGGAAUGAUGCCACAGAUGAUGCCCCCAAUGGGAGGUCCACCAAUGGGUCAGAUGCCUGGAAUGAUGUCUUCAGUAAUGCCUGGAAUGAUGAUGUCUCAUAUGUCUCAGGCUUCCAUGCAGCCUGCCUUACCGCCAGGAGUAAAUAAUAUGGAUAUAACAGCAGGUACAACAGGCACAAAAUCAAUGUGGACUGAACAUAAAUCACCUGAUGGAAGAACUUACUACUACAAUACUGAAACAAAACAGUCUACUUGGGAGAAACCAGAUGAUCUUAAAACACCUGCUGAGCAACUUUUAUCUAAAUGCCCCUGGAAGGAGUACAAGUCUGACUCUGGGAAGCCAUACUAUUAUAAUUCUCAAACAAAAGAAUCCCGUUGGGCCAAACCCAAAGAACUUGAGGAUCUUGAAGGAUACCAGAAUACCAUUGUUGCUGGAAGUCUUAUUACAAAAUCAAACCUGCAUGCAAUGAUCAAAGCUGAAGAAAGCAGUAAGCAAGAAGAAUGCACCACAGCAUCAACAGCCCCAGUUCCUACAACAGAAAUUCCUUCCACAAUGAGCACCAUGGCUGCUGCAGAAGCGGCAGCUGCUGUUGUUGCAGCUGCUGCAGCUGCUGCUGCAGCUGCCGCUGCAGCCAACGCCAAUACCUCCACCUCUGCUAAUACUGUCAGUGGAACUGUUCCUGUUGUACCUGAGCCUGAAGUUACUUCAAUUGUUGCUACUGUUGUAGAUAAUGAAAACACAGUAACAAUUUCAACUGAAGAACAAGCACAACUCACUACUACCCCUGCUGUUCAGGAUCAGAAUGUUGACAGUAACGCUGGAGAAGAAACAUCUAAGGAAACUGUAACUGAUUUUACUCCCAAGAAAGAAGAGGAUGAAAGCCAACCAGCAAAAAAAACAUAUACUUGGAAUACAAAGGAGGAGGCAAAGCAAGCAUUUAAAGAGUUAUUGAAGGAAAAGCGGGUACCAUCUAAUGCUUCAUGGGAGCAGGCUAUGAAAAUGAUUAUUAAUGAUCCACGAUACAGCGCUUUAGCAAAGUUGAGUGAAAAAAAACAGGCCUUUAAUGCCUAUAAAGUUCAGACAGAGAAAGAAGAAAAAGAAGAAGCAAGGUCGAAAUACAAAGAGGCUAAAGAAUCCUUUCAGCGUUUUCUUGAAAAUCAUGAGAAAAUGACCUCCACAACCAGAUACAAAAAAGCAGAACAAAUGUUUGGCGAGAUGGAAGUCUGGAAUGCAAUAUCGGAGCGUGAUCGUCUUGAAAUCUAUGAAGAUGUUUUAUUUUUUCUUUCAAAAAAAGAAAAGGAGCAAGCAAAGCAGUUGCGAAAGAGAAAUUGGGAAGCCUUAAAAAACAUACUUGACAACAUGGCUAAUGUAACAUAUUCUACUACUUGGUCUGAAGCCCAGCAGUAUCUGAUGGAUAAUCCGACUUUUGCAGAAGAUGAGGAAUUACAGAACAUGGAUAAAGAAGAUGCGUUAAUUUGCUUUGAAGAACAUAUCCGGGCUUUAGAAAAGGAGGAAGAAGAGGAAAAACAGAAGAGUUUGCUGAGAGAAAGGCGACGACAGCGUAAAAAUAGAGAAUCUUUUCAGAUAUUUUUAGAUGAAUUGCAUGAACAUGGACAACUGCAUUCUAUGUCAUCUUGGAUGGAAUUGUAUCCAACAAUUAGUUCUGACAUUAGAUUCACUAACAUGCUUGGUCAGCCUGGAUCAACUGCACUUGACCUUUUCAAGUUUUAUGUUGAGGAUCUUAAAGCACGUUAUCAUGAUGAGAAGAAAAUAAUAAAAGAUAUUCUAAAGGAUAAAGGAUUUGUAGUUGAAGUAAAUACUACUUUUGAAGAUUUUGUGGCAAUAAUCAGUUCAACUAAAAGAUCAACCACAUUAGAUGCCGGAAAUAUUAAGUUGGCCUUUAAUAGUUUACUAGAAAAGGCAGAAGCCCGUGAACGUGAAAGAGAAAAAGAAGAGGCUCGAAAGAUGAAACGGAAAGAAUCUGCAUUUAAGAGUAUGUUGAAACAAGCUGCUCCCCCAAUAGAAUUGGAUGCUGUCUGGGAAGAUAUCCGGGAGAGAUUUGUAAAAGAACCAGCAUUUGAGGACAUAACUCUAGAGUCUGAAAGAAAACGAAUAUUUAAAGAUUUCAUGCAUGUGCUUGAGCAUGAAUGUCAACAUCAUCAUUCAAAGAACAAAAAACAUUCUAAAAAAUCUAAAAAACACCACAGGAAACGUUCCCGCUCUCGAUCGGGGUCAGAUUCAGAUGACGAUGACAGCCAUACAAAGAAAAAAAGACAGAGAUCAGAAUCUCGUUCUGCUUCAGAACAUUCUUCUAGUGCAGAGUCUGAGAGAAGUUACAAGAAAUCUAAAAAACAUAAGAAGAAAAGCAAGAAGAGGAGACAUAAAUCUGAUUCUCCGGAGUCAGAUGCUGAGCGAGAGAAGGAUAAGAAAGAAAAAGACCGGGAAAGUGAAAAAGACAGAACUAGACAAAGAUCAGAAUCAAAACACAAAUCACCUAAGAAAAAGACUGGAAAGGAUUCUUCUGGUAAUUGGGAUACUUCUGGCAGUGAACUGAGUGAAGGAGAAUUGGAAAAGCGCAGAAGGACCCUUUUGGAGCAACUGGAUGAUGAUCAAUAA